CGACUCGAUUUUUCGACUGGCGAUACGGAUCGAUCGAAAUGCGGCACAUACGGUGCCAAAGAAACAUGCGAGGUUUCUCAUGAUUAUAUAGAACGAAUCUAACGCGCCUCGUACGGUACUGACAUACGCGAUCACCUUUACAGUAAAUGGUAAAUGUUGACGUGAUACCGUCUUAUAAAUCGAUGAAUACCGGCUGCACGCAUAAAAAAGUGUCACGCAAAGAGUAAAGUAAGUAUACGUCACGUUCCGCGGUUUUUUUAGCAGUUGGCAAUAGUGUUACUUACUUCCUGUAUCCCUCAAAAGAGCAUGAAUCUAGAGCCGUAAAAAUCAAUAAAAAAACGUCAAAUUACGUUUUACGUCAAAAAUCUCAAGGUUCCGAAUGUGCUGUGCAAUGCGCAUGUUGUAGAAAACAUUUAAUUUUCUGUGAAAUAGCUUUAGGCUCGUUUGUUAAUGCUGUGUAGUUCGUCGCGGCGGCUUUCAGAUUAUCUAAAAAAAAUGCUGCCAUCUGUAGUUUUCGUGCUUGGAGCUCCAGGAUCUGGCAAAGGCACACAGUGCUCAUAUAUUUCUAAGGAAUACGAUUUUGUGCAUUUAUCCGCGGGUGAUUUACUUCGGGAAGAACGUCAGAGACCUGGUUCAGAAUAUGGAGAGAUGAUUGAACAGAAGAUACGUGACGGUGAAAUAGUUCCGGUUGAGGUUACAUGUUCCCUUAUUCACAAAGCUAUGCAGAAAUCAGGGAAAACCCGUUUCCUAAUCGAUGGAUUCCCUCGGAACAAGGAUAAUUUGGAUGGGUGGAACUGUGUUAUGUCAGAUAAAACAAAAUUACUGUUUGUAUUAUUCUUUGAGUGUUCUCAAAAUUUGUGUACAGAACGUUGCUUGGGCCGCGGCGCUGCCGGCAGUGGCCGCUCUGAUGAUAAUCCCGAAAGUAUCGAAAAGAGAUUCAAUACGUACAUUAAUGACACAAUGCCAAUCAUCCAACAUUAUGAAAAGUUAGGUUUAGUAAGAAAAAUCAAUGCAGAAGUUGCUCCUGAUGUAGUUUUUGAAGAUGUCAAAAAAGCUUUUGAUAGCAUUGAGUUAGCUAAUUAAAUUAAUUUGUAUAGUUAAGUAAAUCAAUACCUAAAUUAAUUAUCUAGGGCCAUUGUGAAGUCUAGUUGAGUGCUAGAUGCUUUUUGUAUGCAAUAAUAGUUUAAAAAUCAUGAAUUUGAUAGUAUAUAAGAUUAACUUGCCAUUGCCAGUGAAGAACUUUAAUUUUGUAAUCAUUAAAAUAAUGUAAAUGACAUCUUAGAUUGUAAUUAAUCUUAUUUUCCUGUUGUUAAGUCAGCUCUUUUAAACAAAAGUGACCUUGAGCAUUGAUGGUAUAGUAGAAUGACCUUUAUAAAGAAUUAUACUUGACCUUCACUACCACUAGCUACCUAUUAAGUUGUCCCUAUUGUAAGUUUAUUAUCAUUUAUGUAUGGCAGAUAUCAUCAAAAUAUUAUCUUGCAAGUCAGCCUACCUACAUAUAAAUUCACUAAUAUCUACAGCUAAUUUGAUAUGAGUAUGGCAAAUUACUUACAAAUAAAAAUGGUUUCAUUACUAUUUAUAAUGUUAUAUUUGUAACUGGAUAUAAUAACCCCUCUCCUCCUCUUUACCUGUGUAGUGGUUUUAUAAUGUAAAAAGAAAUUAAAUCUAUUAUUUUGUAUUUGGAAUAUUGUAAAUCAUUAUGAUUGUAAAUGAAUCUAAAAAUAUAAUAAUGCCACUGACAUAGGCAAACAUGUUAAAAGAGUAUGUAUAUGAGCAUAUCUCCAUCUCACAAAGAUCAAGUUAUAUCAUAAUUAAGCUGUUACCUUGUGUACCAGAUAUCAAACUCAUGAAGUGAAAUAUGAAAUAAUGUUGUAUUAUUGUCUUUAUUAUUUAAAUCAAGUAAUUAAUAUAGUAUGUUAUAACAUUCCUCUGAUAUGUUUAGAUUACCACUUGUGUUUGUGGUGUAGAUGAUUUACUGUAGCUGAUGUAAAAUGCAAAAGCAGAUGUAAUAAAUUAUACAUGCCAAAGGUUAAUUUAUGUGUUUAUUUCACCAAGGUCGAAGCAUUUAGCUGUCACUGAUAUCUUAUAAACAGAUCACAACUAACUCCUUUAAUAUACAUGUCUCAUCACCAGAAUGGUGAGAACAUCUUUGUAGUUUAUUGAUGACAACCUCCAUGUCUCCAGUCCCAGUGGCACAAAUGUUUGUGAUGAAUAUGAGCAUUUGUACCUAAUUGCGCGAUUACACUUGGUCAUUAGUCCAAAUAUGAGUGCCAAUAGAAUUCUGGUAGACGAAUAAAUGUAAGGUGCAUUGGGGUAAGAACGGGUCACUGAAAUAUCAGAUGGUGCAAAUAUGUACUAAACGCAGCAAUAUUUUUUAAUUCUGGCAUAAAAAAUACUUAAAUAAAAUAUCUGAACUGACAAGUAUGCACAUAUUUAAAAUUAUUAUUAUUAAUGAUGAAAAAAAGACCGUAUUUUAACAGCCCAAAUUUUUCUUUAUUGAUGGACGAGUUUGUUUAAUCAUGAAAUUGACAUUUGAAGUUAGUUUUAUAUUAUUCAUGUUUGUUUUGGAUGCCUUUUAGUUUUAAUAGUUUAGUGAUGUCGAUUCUUGCAUUAUCCUCUAAACUUAAAACUAAAUUUAACAUCAGUCU